GGGAAAGAAUGAGGAAGAGCUGCUGGUCCCAACAACACAUGCGGGCUUGCUGAUGAGGCGCCGCCGCGGUCAUUCAGGUCGCUCCGGAGGCGCUCCGUGGAAACAAGCCGCCGGCAGCCGCCGAGACAACAUCGCCACCAACAAACAAAGAUAGACGGAAGGAAACAAAACACACCAAAAAGUGCCCGUUCAUGGGAAUCCGGACCGGUUCUGCCCCCCCCCCCCCUCGUCUCGUGUGCGCCUCGCCGCCGUAUAAGAAGCUCCUCUCUCGGAUCACCUCCACUCCUCCUCGGCCGGCUGACGCGGCUCCAACCUCCCGGGCUGCACUCACCGCUUACGGCGCGUAAAGAAAGUGAAGGUUCUUCAUAGCUGCGCGUCAUUACGGACUUCACCAUGGCGCGAAGGCUGCCAGUGCUCAUCCUCGUCCUCCUCAUCGAGCUCCAUCCGCUGCUCGCUGGCGCCCCCCCAGACCCCGGCGUGGGCGGCUCGGUGUCGGCGGUGUCCACCAACAGAACGGAAUGCAGCAAGCCUGAGGAGUGCACGCCGGGCGUGGUCCUCCCCGUGUGGAAGCCCGUGAACCCAUCGUUCGGCGACAAGGUGGCCCGGGCCACGGUGUACUUCGUGGCUCUGGUCUACAUGUUCCUGGGCGUGUCCAUCAUCGCCGACCGAUUCAUGGCGUCCAUCGAGGUGAUCACGUCGCAGGAGAAGGAGAUCACCAUCAAGAAGCCCAACGGCGAAACCACCACCACGACCGUCCGCAUCUGGAACGAGACCGUCUCCAAUCUCACCCUCAUGGCGCUGGGCUCCUCGGCUCCGGAGAUCCUGCUCUCGGUCAUCGAGGUCAUAGGUCACGGCUUCAACGCCGGCACCCUGGGCCCAUCCACCAUCGUGGGCUCGGCCGCCUUCAACAUGUUCGUCAUCAUCGGGAUAUGCGUGUACGUGGUGCCCGACGGCGAGACCAGGAAGGUGAAGCACCUGCGGGUGUUCUUCGUCACGGCCUCCUGGAGCAUCUUCGCCUACAUCUGGCUCUACCUGAUCCUGUCCGUCAUCACGCCCGGCGUGGUGCAGGUGUGGGAGGCGCUGCUCACCUUCUUCUUCUUCCCCAUCUGCGUGGUCUUCGCCUGGGUGGCGGACCGCCGCCUCCUCUUCUACAAGUACGUCUACAAGCGCUACAGGACGGGCAAGCAGCGGGGAAUGAUCAUCGAAACCGAGGGCGACCGUCCGCUUGCUUCUAAGGUGGACAUCGAGAUGGACGGCAAGAUGCUGAACUCUCACGGCGUCGACUUCCUGGACGGUCCGCUGGGUUUGGACAUCGACGAGAAGGACUUGGACGAGGAGGAGACCAGGAGAGACAUGGCGAAAAUCCUGAAGGAGCUCAAGCAGAAGCAUCCCGACAAAGAGGUGGAGCAGCUCAUCGAGCUGGCCAACUACCAGGUCCUCAGCCAGCAGCAGAAGAGUCGCGCUUUCUACCGCUGCCAGGCCACCCGCCUCAUGACGGGCGCCGGCAACAUCCUGAAGAAGCACGCCGCAGACCAGGCGCGGAAGGCUGUCAGCAUGCACGAGGUCCGCGCCGACGUCGCCGACAACGACCCCGUCUCCAAGGUCUUUUUCGAACCCGCCACCUACCAGUGCCUGGAGAACUGCGGCACCGUGGCGGUGAACGUGGUGCGGCGCGGCGGCGACCUGGCCAAGACCCUCUCUGUGGAGUACCGCACGGAAGACGGCACGGCCAACGCCGGCUCGGACUACGAGUUCACCGAGGGCGUGGUGGUGUUCAAGCCCGGCGAGACCCUCAAGGAGAUCCGCGUGGGGAUCAUCGACGACGACAUCUUCGAGGAGGACGAGAACUUCCUCAUCCACCUCUCCAACGUGAAGAUCCUGACCUCGGAGGGGGAGGAACCCGCCGAGGACGAGUCGGCCAACCACGUGGACGCGGCGGCCUGCCUGGGCCUGCCCUCCACGGCGACCGUCACCAUCUUCGACGACGACCACGCCGGCAUCUUUACCUUCGAGGAGCCCGUGUUCCACGUGAGCGAGAGCGUGGGCACCAUGGAGGUGAAGGUGCUGAGAACGUCGGGCGCCCGCGGCGUGGUCAUGCUGCCCUACAAGACGGUGGAAGGCACGGCGCGGGGCGGCGGCGAGGACUUCGAAGACGUGCACGGCGUCCUAGAGUUCCAGAACGACGAGAUCUUUAAAAGCAUCAAGGUGAAGGUCAUUGACGACGAGGAGUACGAGAAGAACAAAACCUUCUACCUAGAGAUCGGGGAGCCUCGCCUGGUGGAGAGCGACGACUCCAAAGGUCGGGAGGAGGAGGAGAAGCAGAAACAGGAGGAGGCGGAGGAGGAAGAGGAGGCGCUGACAGGAAAGGACGAGGAGGAAAGACGCAUCGCUGAGAUGGGUCGCCCCAUGCUGGGAGACCACGUCAAACUGGAGGUGAUCAUCGAGGAGUCCUAUGAGUUCAAGAAUACAGUGGACAAGCUGAUAAAGAAGACCAACCUGGCUCUGCUGGUAGGCACCAACAGCUGGAGAGACCAGUUCAUCGAGGCCAUCACCGUCAGCGCAGGCGAGGACGACGACGACGACGAGUGCGGCGAGGAGAAGCUGCCGUCGUGCUUCGACUACGUCAUGCACUUCCUCACCGUCUUCUGGAAGGUUCUGUUCGCCUUCGUGCCGCCCACAGAUUACUGGAACGGCUGGGCGUGCUUUGUGGUGUCCAUCUGCAUGAUCGGGCUGCUCACCGCCAUCAUCGGCGACCUGGCGUGUCAUUUUGGCUGCACAGUCGGCCUGAAAGACUCCGUCACAGCUGUCGUGUUUGUCGCGUUGGGAACGUCGGUGCCAGACACCUUUGCCAGCAAAGUGGCGGCCAUCCAGGAUCAGUACGCCGACGCUUCCAUUGGCAACGUGACAGGAUCCAAUGCUGUCAACGUGUUCCUGGGCAUUGGGGUGGCGUGGUCCAUCGCCGCCAUCUACCACAACAGCAUGGGGAACGAGUUCAGGGUGGACCCGGGCAAGCUGGCCUUCUCCGUCACGCUCUUCACCAUCUUUGCCUUCAUCUGCGUCGCCAUGCUGAUGUACCGGCGGCGGCCGGAGAUCGGCGGCGAGCUGGGCGGGCCGCGGACUGCCAAGGUCCUGACCACCAUGCUCUUUGUCAGCCUGUGGCUCCUCUACAUCCUCUUCUCCUCGCUGGAGGCCUACUGCCACAUCCAGGGCUUCUAGGACCACCAGCCUGCGGGGACGGGCGGUCUUUGCUCUCUUCAUUCCCAAGACCGAGGGACACGUGGAGCAGGAGAGUUCUUUGAAUGCAUUUCUUUUUUCUUUUUUUUUUUUCCUCAAGCCACUAAAAAAACUCGUCUUAAGUCCCCGUUUUCACACACCUGUUAGAAAAUCGAGCGAAAGGACUGAAAUUGCCGCGUCCGUGUGCGUCGAGUACUGUGAAAAGACAAAAACGCGUUUUCGCCGCGCGAGACUGAAAAAAACGCUUUCGUCGGCCUGUAAAAAAAAAAAUGCUCGCCGUAGGGGGUGAGGGGCCAGAGAAAAUGUAAAUAUGGCCGACUUUCCUCUCUUUUUAGCUGAAUGUUGCGGCUCUGCUCUCCUCUUUCUCUUGCUUUGGAGACGAGACCAGCGGGGAAGGGGGUCAGCCUGCUUAUACCUUUAAUAAGGCCACACAACAUGGCCAGUGUACCGUUUAAAACUGUUAGAGUGCAUAAACACACACAAAUAAAUAUAUAUAUAUAAAUAUAUAAA